ACCAUGAUCAGAGAACAAUUCUAAACAUUCUGAUCCAGCUUUUACUAACUUAAGAGUUUGCACAUUUCAUCCAUAAACUUACCUGACAAGUUGUCACGUGGUAUUCUGGAGUUAUUUUAUAAUUGCUUACACUAGGCUUUUAAGCCCAGCAUUGUCAAGAAGUGACAGUCUUAAAUUAAGAGAUGAAAUCUCUAGCAAUAGUAAUCAUUACAGACACUGUCAAGUUGGUGGUCCUAGAGCCAUAUCUUAAGGAUUGUUUAGUUAAUAAGAACUCUAAAUCUCUGUUGCAGAAAUCCUUGAAGAUGAGGAGGACUUCAGCAAUUCCACCCUGGCAGCUCUGGAAGCUACACAAAUAAAGAAGGAGACAAUUGAUAUAGAUGAUGAUUCUAUAAGCUCUACCUCAGAAGACAGAUCAUGUACGCCGCUAGCAAAACAGAUAGUUGGGACAGAUAAUCAUAUCCCCUUGGAAGAAGCACAAAAUCACUUUAAAGUUAUCACAGUUAAUGAUACUGGAGCAGGAAAGCACUGGAGUGACAAUGAAGUCAGAGCUCUGAUAAAUAUAUGGUCAGAUGAAAAGAUACAGCAAAUGCUUGAAGGGGCAACAAGAAAUAAAGAAAUAUUUGAGGAAAUUGCCAGAAGGUUAAUGAAAUGUGGAAUAGACAGAGACUGGAAACAAUGUCGCACCAAGUACAAGAACCUAAAAUAUGAAUAUCGUGCACUGCAGAAAGAAAAUGAACAUCUUGGUAAUCCCAGGAGGAAAAUGAGAUUUUACGAUGAAGUUGACUGUAUCUUAAGAAGACAGCCUCUAGGUCCAUCAGGCUGGGGAUGCGAAAGUUCAAGCCUCCUGUCAGUUUCAGUGGGAGAUGUUACAGCAAAUGCAGGAUCCUUGGGUAUCAAGAGAAAAACAUGGAAUGAUGAGAUGUCACCCAUUCCACUUAAGAAAAGUGCUUCUGAAAACACCAUAUUCCAGUUUCAAAAACUAUUUACAGAGAGAGUGAACACAGUAGCAGAAGGCAAAAAGUUACUAUUAGAAAGGCUUUGUAAGCAGGAAGAAAUGCAAGACCUCAACAGAACACAGCUGUAUGCACAUCCUUCAGCCAUGCAACAGAAAACAUGUCUGCACGUGCCAUAGAGCAGGAUUUACCUAACAAACAAAUGUGCAAAGAAGGUGGAUCUGCUUUUGUGUAUUCUGCUUUGUGACUACAAAACAUAGCUUAUUUUCUAAAAUCGUUUUAACAUUCUUUAUCAUUCUUUUUUGCCAUUCACAUUUAUUCUCAGUCAGUAGUGGCAUGAGAUCAAAUGUAUAGGGCCAUUUGGCAUCAUCUAAUAUUUUCUUGCUACUCCCACUUACUUGUUACAAUUAACCUGAAUAUAUAGGAAGAUUAGACAGAUAAAUCCAAGUGGUGUAAGGAAAGUCCUUCUUCAUUGCAGCUGUGGUUAUGAUUCAACAUCAUUUUUUGGUUAGAGACAAAAUAACAUGAAUGUUCCACUUAGAAUUCCAGUUGUGUAGAGCUAUGGUCUGUCACCUUUAGACAGCAUCACCGAGGGUAGUGACAAUGGGCCAAAUCAAGUAUCACCAAAAUGAAGGAUUUCUCAAAAAAAGUCCCUUGAAAUUAGCAAUUACUUAGGCCAAUAUUCUCAUCCUUUGAGAGUAUUUUUACAUCCACUUGAGCUUGUGCUGUGGCUCUGCUCUGCUUUAAACUUUAUAAUAGUCACACAAUAUGUAGUCUAGGCACACUUACAAACAAGUUGAAUGGAACCUGGGGUACUGACACAUGCUAAAUGUUAGGUGUGAGAGCACUGCAGGAAAACUGAAAGGGCUUGGGAAGUACAACUGCUUAGAAUCACACUCUUAGGAACCGCAGUAUGGUUCCUGUUCAGCAGCAUGGCCAGACCAAGUUGUUCACAUAUAACUGCUCUGAUAAUCUAAUAUAAACUACUUCAUAGAAAUGAUCCAGUUGAAAAAUCAAAACCAACAUCAAAGAAAUGAUGGGAGUAACAGCAAACCUAUAAAAAAACAGAGAUCUUUGCUCUUCUCCCUUCUCAAAUAUCCAUGCUUUUGCCAGAGGACCAUCCAGAAUAGCAUAAGGACAAUUCCGUUUCUUCCCCAGUUUGCAAAUCACAGAAUCACAGAAUGGCCAGGGUUGGAAUGGACCUCAAGGAUCA